AUGUUGCUCAGCAGGCUGGGACUGGCGCUGGCGCUGGCCGCGGCCGCCGCGGCGUCUCGAGACGCCAAGAGGCUCCACGACGACCUGCUGUCCGACUACAACCGGCUCAUCCGGCCCGUGGGCAACCACUCGCACAAGGUGACCAUCGUGGUGGGACUCAAGCUGUCGCAGCUCAUCGACAUAAACCUCAAGCACCAAGUGAUGACGACCAAUAUAUGGCUGGAACAGGAAUGGGAAGACUACAAGCUCCGCUGGAACCCGGAGGAGUACGGUGGAGUGGACAUGAUUCACGUGCCUGCCGAAAGUCUAUGGCUGCCGGACAUAGUGCUUUUCAACAACGCCGACGGCAACUACGAGGUUAUUCUAAUGAACAAGGCUACGGUGUACUCUACGGGCAAGGUAAUCUGGAAGCCACCUGCCCUGUACAAGAGUACCUGCGAGAUCGACGUGGAGUACUUCCCUUUCGACGAACAGAACUGUCUGAUGAAGUUCGGGUCGUGGACGUACGACGGUCUGGAAGUGGACCUUCAGCACGUGAAACAGCGCCCGGGCGUGGCCAUCGUCGAGACCGGCAUCGACAUGAGCGAGUUCUACAAGUCCGUGGAGUGGGACAUUCUCCGCGUGCCGGCCAAGUACAACAACGAGUUUUACGACUGCUGCGACGAGCCCUUUCCGGACAUCACCUUCAACAUCACCAUGCGCCGCAAGACGCUCUUCUACACUGUGAACCUGAUCAUCCCCUGCGUGGGCAUCUCCUUCCUCACCGUGCUCGUCUUCUACCUGCCCUCGGACUCGGGGGAGAAAGUCACCCUCUGCAUCUCGAUCCUGGUGUCCCUGACCGUAUUCUUCCUCCUACUGGCCGAGAUCAUCCCUCCCACGUCUCUAGCCGUGCCCCUUCUAGGAAAGUACCUGCUCUUCACCAUGAUUCUCGUCACACUGUCCAUCUCGGUGACGGUGGGCGUGCUAAACGUGCACUUCCGGUCUCCCUCGACGCACCGCAUGGCGCCCUGGGUGCGCCGCGUGUUCGUGCACCUGAUGCCGCGACUGCUGCUCAUGCGGCGACCCCAGUACAAGGCUGACCCGGACGCCGGCCCGGGGCAGGCAGUGGACCCGCUGCAGCUGGGUCGGCCCCGGAUCGUGGUCCCCGAGCCGCAGCCCCAGGCGGGCACCUCGCCGGACACCCCGGGCUGCGCGCCCGAGAUGCGCAAGGCCAUCGACAGCGUUCUCUUCAUCGCCGACCACAUCCGCAAGGAAGACGAUGACGAGAGCGACUGCGAGGACUGGAAGUACGUGGCCAUGGUGCUGGACCGCCUCUUCCUCUGGAUCUUCACGCUGGCCAGCCUGGUGGGCACGUGCGGCAUCAUCCUGCAGGCCCCGUCCCUCUACGACGACCGACUACCCAUCGACGUGCAAAUGUCGCACAUCGGCCGGGAGUACGCCUCCCUGCACGCCGAAGCCGGCCACGGGCCCUAGG